AUGCAUUGGGAAGGAACAGAAUGCCAGGAUACAUGUUUUAAUAAUUCCUGGUACAUAUUUUCGAAAUGGGGAGAAAGUUGGGAGAAGAACAGGCAAGCCUGCAAAGAUCAGGGAGGUGACCUUGUUUCUAUUGAAAGCGAAGAAGAAUGGCACUUUAUCAAUGAUGAAAUUCAAAAACGUUCCUCUUGGAAUACUAGUGCGUGGCACAUUGGUUUAUGCAAGAAAGACACAGUUUGGCGAGACAUUGUUGCAACACUUAGUGGAUAUCAUGCGGAAAUAACCAAGAGUGGGAGCCUUAACAGUAUCACUAACAAAGAUAGCAGGGCCUUCAUUUGUGAAAUGCCGCAAGAAUGCCCAAACAUUUCUUUUCAAAACUCUUGGUAUGUAUUUACGGAAAAAGGGGCAGAAUGGGAUAGGAACAGAGACAUCUGCCUAAGUCAAGGAGGAGACCUAGUUUCCAUUCAAACCGAAGAAGAAUGGAAUUUUAUCAACGACCAGAUUCAAAAUUGCAGCAAUGAGUCCAACUGCCCAUGUGAUUAUGCUGGUCACCAUUAUGGUAAUUGUGAUAUAUGGUACAUUGGCUUAGAAAGAAAAGAAACAUCUUUGCCAUCCGAAUCUAUAACGCCAAAACCGACUCCAUUGCUACCACUGUGGUCAUCAUUGUCGCCUUCAUUGCCCCAUCCACCGUCUCACUUGUUGUCGUUGUUGCACUUGCCUUCCCAAUUACUUUCUAAGUUCCCUUCUCAGUCGUCAUCACAGUUGGCUUCUCAGUCGCCAUUGCAUUCGACUUCUCAGUUGCCAUCGCUAUCUCUUUGGCCAUCUACGUCCCAGGCACCUUCUCAGUCACCAUCGCAGUCACCAUUGCACUGGACGUUGCAGUCAACAGCAGAAGCAUCUUUACCAUCUGAAUCCUUAAAGCUACAACCCACUCCAUCGCCACCGCUGUGGCCAACAUCCUUGACGUUGUGUUUGUUGUCACAAGCGCUGUCGCUAUCGACGUUGCAGUCACCCUCGCAGUCUUUGUCUCAGUCACUGUCUCUUACAUCGCCACGUUUGCCAUCUAAGUCGCAGUCGCCGUCAUUGCUGCAGUUGCCCUCUCAGUCUUCGUCACAGUUGCCGUUGUUGCAUCCACCUUUUCACUCGCUUUUGACCUCGCUGUCGCCAUCGCACUCAUUGUUGCCAUCGACACCAUCAUUACCGUUGCAGUGGAAAAUAAUUGAGAAUCUGGCGGCUGAGUGUGUCUCUAAGCUUGGCAGAAUAAAUAUCACCAACAACAGCUCCUUGGAGGAGGCCAUAGGGGUUUUGGAUGUAUUCAUCACAAGGAUUAAAAACAUCACAAAAGCUCCUGACAGAGCGUCUGUAACAGAAGAGAUUGAGACAAGCAGAAAAUCUACUUUUAAGGUGGCAGUCGCCUUUGAGGAAUUUGCUCUUAAUUACAGCAAGCUUCACCUGAUUGGAGCGAGGUCCUCACAAGUGAUCGACAGCAACAAAAUGGUGUUGGGUAUUCAAAAAGCCUACCACCAAAAUGCAAGUGACUUCCACCUCUGGGAUCAAGAACUGCAAGCAGGCAUAUAUGUUUUAUCUGCAAAUUUUGCGAAAUCCGUUUCACUGGUUGUUGGGAUUGUGCAUAAGGAUCUCCACGAACUACUAUACAUGGAUCAACCCAUCAGGAAUGACGCAGGCAAAGCCACAAGGUAUUUGAACUCCAGGAUAAUGGCCGUGGCUAUGGAUCCAAAACCAAACAAACUGGGAGCGAAUGUCAUAUUAAAGUUCAGAAACCUGAGGGUUGAUGGAAGAAAAAAGACUUGUGUGUUUUGGAGGGGCUUUAACAAAAGCUCAGAAGGAUUUUCAGGGACAGGAUGCCAUGUGGUUGCAUCACAAAGCAACUCAGAAGAAACAGUGUGCAGCUGCAAUCAUUUGACUCAUUUUGCUGUCUUACUGGACUACAACGGCAGCUCAGGGCUCACUGAGGAAGACGAAACUCUUCUGGAGAUUAUCACCUACGUGGGAUUAAGCCUGUCAAUCAUGGGAAUAAUUUUGACAGUUAUUCUAUAUUCUUUCCUUACAGAUGUUCACCAGCCUCUGUCACAAAUACGAUUGAGUCUUUCUGUUGCCCUCGGAGCUGGACAAUUUAUUUUUCUCGUCGGGAUAAACGCCACAGAAAACAAGGCUUCAUGUAUUACAGCUGCAGCUUUCAUGCAAUAUUUCCUGAUGGCUUCGUUCUGUUGGAUGCUGGUGGAAGGAUUUUACCUCUACCUCUUUGUGGUCAAAGUUUACAACAUCACCGAAAAGAUGCACAUGUAUCACCUCAUGUCAUGGGGUUUACCCAUCGUCAUGGUCGGUAUUUCAUUAUGCAUCGCUGCUGGGAAAGAUGGAAUAGAAAGCUUUACCAGUGAUAAAUAUUGCUGGCUAUCCUACACAAACAACCUCAUCUGGAUAUUCGCCGCAUUUAUGGCUUUUGUUGAAGUGCUCAACAUUUUGAUACUCGUCCGAGUCAUAAAAGAGAUGACCACGCUAGUGCAACCUAUGGGGGAAGACAAUCAUAUUAAGCAGAUACGACUUGGCUUUAAAACAUGCGCGGUGAUGAUUCCACUGAUGGGUAUAACGUGGCUAUUCGGUCUUUUGUCGCCAUGGCACAAAGCUUUCGCCUACAUUUUCACCAUCUUUAACUCUACUCAGGGAUUCCUGAUUUUUUUCUUCCAUUGUGUGCGAAACAGCCAGAUUAGAGAGCGAUUGAAAAGGAGGAUGAACGCAAUUUUUCCAUCUUCCGAAGCUGGAAACUCUGCAAAGAAAAACUCACGAGUUAACGCAAGUGAUGCCGGGAAAAUACAGGCAGUCGAAAUGCAGUCUUUCGAUGCAUGAAAGCACUGCGCCUCGGUGAGGCUCGUCAAUCCUCUUUUAGUGAUUGGCAAUCACUUAACUAGCAUGAUCUUCCCUUAGUAGUUCCUUAGUAGAGCCUGGUUAGUAUCGUAGUAUCAGUAAGGAAGGGGGCAUUGGGAUUUUUAGUUUUACGGUGUUGGUCAUUUUUUUUAGAUCGGUUAUUCGAUUA